AUGAACCGCUACGUAGCUCUGCUCUUCUGCGCCUCCGUGGUGCUCGUCGCGGCCGCCGAGGUGCUGCCCGAAAUAGUGCGUACAGACUGCGCAAAGUGCACUGAGACACAGCACAAGAAGAUCGGAGGUUUCUUCGGAGAGGUCUCGCGCCGCCACCCAGACCUCAUGAAGAAGCUGCUGGACAAGUACGACCCAUCUGGAGAAUACAGGAAGAAGUACGCCAAGUCCUGGGCCGAUGGGGCUGAGGUGUCGGGUGAUCGACCCCCGCUCCCUCCUCCGGCAACCCCAGAGCGAUACGCCGCCACUCCAGGCCACGCCAGGCCGGCAUAUAAGCCGCGCCAGUCGUCACUGCGGCACAGUCGACAACAGGUAGCUCACAGCGCCGACACCACCAGCAUGAACCGUCACGUAGCUCUGCUCCUCUGCGCCUCAUUGGCGCUCGUCGCGGCCGCCGAGGAGAAGUACCCGGCCACGUUCGACAGCCUGGACCUGAAGGAGCUGCUGUCGGAUGAAACUCGAGUCCAGGAUGCGAUGCGCUGCCUGCUGGAAGAAGGAGACGCAGCGUGCAGACCCGCCGGGAAGGCGCUCAAGGAGGUGCUGCCCGAAAUAGUGCGUACAGACUGCGCCAAGUGCACUGAGACACAGCACAAGAAGAUCGGAGGUUUCUUCGGAGAGGUCUCGCGCCGCCACCCAGACCUCAUGAAGAAGCUGCUGGACAAGUACGACCCAUCUGGAGAAUACAGGAAGAAGUACGCCAAGUCCUGGGCCGAGUACAGCAUCCACCACUAA